CUCCUCCUACUUUUCUUGGGGCCAAAGGGUAGGCCGUUCCUCUCGGAAGUAAACGCUGGAGGACUCUAGCCAUGGCGGGAGCUGAGUGGGAGUCGCUGGAGCAGUGCUUGGAGAAGCAUCUGCCAUCCCAAGACUUGCGGGAGGUGAAGCGAGUUCUUUAUGGCAAGGAGACCAGGAAGCUUGAUCUGCCCAGCAGAGCUUUCGAAGUUGCCUCGGAAGGAAACUUUGAACUACAGGGAUAUGCCUUUGAGGCAGCCAACGAGCAGCUGAGACACCCCCAGAUCGUGCGUGUGGGGCUAGUUCAGAACAGAACCCCACUCCCUGCGGAUACCCCUGUGGCAGAACAGGUCUCUGCCCUUCACAGACGCAUAGAGGCCAUUGCCGAGGUGGCUGCAAUGUGUGGAGUCAAUAUCAUCUGUUUCCAGGAAGCAUGGACUAUGCCCUUUGCUUUCUGUACAAGAGAGAAGCUUCCGUGGACAGAAUUUGCUGAGUCAGCAGAGGAUGGGCCCACCACCAGAUUCUGUCAGAAGCUAGCAAAGAAGCAUAACAUGGUGGUGGUGUCCCCCAUCCUGGAACGAGACAGAGAUCAUGGGAAUGUUCUGUGGAACACAGCCGUGGUGAUCUCCAAUUCUGGAGCAGUCUUGGGAAAGACCAGGAAAAACCAUAUCCCUAGAGUGGGAGAUUUCAAUGAGUCAACCUAUUACAUGGAAGGAAACCUGGGCCAUCCUGUGUUCCAGACCCAGUUUGGCAGGAUCGCAGUAAACAUUUGCUAUGGGCGACACCACCCUCUCAACUGGCUCAUGUACAGCAUCAACGGGGCUGAGAUCAUCUUCAACCCCUCAGCUACCAUUGGAAUACUCAGUGAGUCCCUAUGGCCAAUUGAGGCCAGAAAUGCUGCCAUUGCCAAUCACUGCUUCACUUGUGCCAUUAACCGAGUGGGCCAGGAGCACUUCCCCAAUGAGUUUACCUCUGGAGAUGGGAAGAAAGCUCACCAUGACUUUGGCUACUUUUAUGGCUCAAGCUAUGUGGCAGCCCCUGAUGGCAGCCGGACUCCUGGGCUCUCCCGUAGCCAGGACGGGCUGCUGGUUGCUGAGCUCAACCUCAAUCUCUGCCAGCAGAUGAGUGAUGUCUGGAACUUCAAGAUGACAGGCAGAUAUGAGAUGUACGCACGAGAGCUUGCGGAAGCUGUCAAACCCAACUAUGUCCCCACCAUCGUGAAGGAGUAGCUGUCUUCUGUCCCCAUUAGAUGAUCCAUACCCAACAUAGGAAUGAAGUAAGCCAGACUUUGGGGCUGUAUCUGAGAGUGGAAAACCACAGAAAACCAGAAGACAUCAUCAGGCUUCAGCUUAGCUAAACCAUCUGUGUACUUGGGAAACCUCUGUAAUUUACAAGGUCCCCUGGGCCAAUGACUUUGCUCUGCUUAAUUGUGGGUAUGUUUCCCCCAAAGGGUUAAUUGCCAGUUUUUUUCAUAUAAGUCUGAGAUGACACCAUGGCCAGGCUAGUUGUGUUCAUGAAUAGACCCAUUUCCAUUUUAUAAGCAAAGCUUUCUGAGCUCAGUUGUCCUAUUUGUUUACAUGGUACUGGGCCUCACACAUGCCAGACAAGCAUUUACCACUGAGUCAUAUCCCUUGCCCCAAAUUGUCCCAUUUUAACAAGAGCCCAGAUAGUAAGGCUUUCAAAAGGGAUGUACUUGGUCACUGUCAGUAAUGCAUUAACCCCCAAAUCCCCAGGGAUUCUUAUGGAUGCAGUCUGCUUCCCUCUGCCAGGGGUUUCAUUUAGCAAAAUUAUCAGUCACAGAGGCUUAAUAGCUUUUUUAGGAGGGUCUUUAGAGUUGUGGGGCCCCAAAGUAGCAAAUAGGCUGCAGUCAACCAGACAACUUCCAAGGCAGCCUGUUGGUCUAGGUCCUGCUUAAAGGAUGCCGAUUUGUAGAUUAGCUGAUAUAAAGAACCAAGUAGUAUGUCCAUCUGAGGUAUGUGCUAGUCUCGAUACCCAAAGAAUUCAAGAAGGUGCUGGGCCUCCUUUUUUUUUGGCUGUGGUAGAAGAGACAGAAGAUUUUUCCUUGACUGCUGGAAGGAUUAGAUAUUGUAAAUCUGCCCACCCAGUCCCAAGAAAUUAAAUUUAGUCAGGAAUUAUCAGCCAUCUCUGUGGAGAGGUGUCAAUGCUAUAGUCAGGACCACUAAGACUGAGCCUUGACUUGCCACUYAAUUGGACAUCCUCUAGGUUGUGAAAGUUUUGGACAUCAAGAAGGUAAAGGGACUCACCUAAAUCCUGACUUGCCCACUACAGGCAAAUGGCAGGGGAGUUUAUUUCACACUUCUUUGUGUACAGAUCUUCUAUUUGGGAGACUCCUCCACUCAAGGGACAAAAGAAUAACAUCAAUUCUUACCAUACUUUCAAAAGUAGAUGCAACCCAAUACAUGGAAUUGGACCAGAGGGCCUAGGUACUUAGUCUUUUCUUUCUCCACCCUACUAUGGAACUUGCCCAGCCUCCAUUUGGAAACCUUUUUAUCCCUUAACACCAGAUAAGGAUGGUGACUUCGGCACCCAUAAUCAAYAGAGCAGUUAAAAGUUUGAGUCCCU